AUGAAGCGUGAGACUCUGUGCCUUGCCGGGCUGUUGUUGUGCCUUGCCGCGCUGCUUGUUUGCGCGUCGGCCGCGCCCAAGUUCAGCGUGCGCCGUCUCAAUGGCGGUCGCCCCAUCCUCACCGAGAAGGACUCCGUGUGGCUCUACAACUACAACACCGCCUACAUGCCCUACUUUGAUGCCAAUGGCUUCGAGAUGGCAUGUCUGGCGGUGCGCGUGCAGAACCUGACGGCGAACGCGAAGUCCAUCUACGACGUGGGUCCCUCGUCCAUCGCCUUCGCGUUCUCCAACACCGGCGGCCUCAGCUUCAAGCCCAUCAGUGCCUCCGACACGAUCAUUGCGCCUGGCCCCAGCUCGGAGCUCGGCUGUGAGGACCCGCGUGUCGUGUACGACUGGAAGACCAAGACCUACUACAUGUUUUACACUGCGGUGACCAACGGCACUAUGCCCUCGGACCUCGGAGACGUAAAGGCCAUGCUCUCCCUGGCCGUCAACUCUGGCAAUCCCGCUGCGCGUGGCGACUGGAAGCAGCUGGGCUACGUGUUCCCCGACCUGAAGUGGUCGAAGAGCGGCGCGCUGCUGCUGAGCGACCAGGUGUUCCACAAGGAGCACUACCUCUUCUGGGGCGACUCCGACAUCUGCAUCGCCACCACCGAAAACCUCAUCCACUACACCAACACCGGCAAGUGCCUUCUCAAGACCCGCUCGGACAAGUUCGACAGCCAGCUGGUGGAGAGCGGCCCGGAGCCCUUGCGCCUCUCGGACGGCAACUACCUGUUCCUCUACAACUCGGCCAGGAAGGCCAAUAUCGCCAACCCGAAGCCCGGCUGGGAUUUGGAGUACAACCUGGGUUGGGCCAUUCUCGACAAGAGUGAUCCCACCAACGUUCUGUUCAGAAGCGAGGAGCCCGUGCUCUCGCCGGAGCUCGAUUGGGAGAAGUGCGACAAGAAUCCCGAGGGGCUCACUCCCAACGUCGUCUUUGUCGAGGGCUGGAAGAAGCUGGCGGAAGACUCCUUCCUCGUGUGGUACCAGGGCUGCGACUCCCGCAUCGGCGUCUUCCACCUGUCGGUUCAGGUCUGA